AUGGCGCCGAAACCGCCAGCUCUAGAAACCUCUUCAGCUCCACUAGCUGAUUGGUUUUUCAUCUGUGGUGUCGAUAGCGAACAACUCCACUGGGGCGAUGAUGAUGAUACAGACGAAAAUGGGCUGUCCACGCCAUUUGAACCAACGAUUGAGGAGGAUAAGAUUGCAGAAGCGGAGCAUGCACCUCCAGAUCCCCCAGUCCAGUCCCCACGCAAGACAAAACGGAGCUCAUACCAACGCCUCUCAAACCUCUCGGACGAAGCACGUCUAUCGAUCGCCUCAUUGACAUUGUCCGGAGACAAGAAGGGGACCGAUAGCAAUAGGAGUAGUGUGACGAUCAAAGGGCCACAGGUCAAUGGGACGAACGCCACGAACACGUGGACAGAGACGGACUUUGAAAAUGCGUUGAAGAAAUUCGCUGCUCAAAGGGAUUCCUUCCUUGUGGACUUGGAUCUUACAGCAGGAGCUGUUGUCCCAAGUCGGCCGAAGCCCCGCCCGAAGACGCAAAGAAUCAUCACCGAAGAUGCACCAGGCACCAGGUCUGGUAUUGGGAGCAUCCGCCGCAGGUUGUCCACGAGAACCUUGAACAGCGCCAAGCGACAAACGUCGGUGAAGAGACAAUCUUCCCAUGUAUUGUUCGUAUUGACCUGUAUAGCGACCUCCUCCGCCCGAACGUCAAAGCGUCUGAGCAAUUACAACUCGGUCAUCCCAAACCCACAACCUUUAAACGAAGAAGCAAACACCCAUCCAUUGAUGCGCAAGUUUGAGCCCGUCUUGCUGGAUAGGUACCCGCAAAAGAGCAUGGUAGAUGAGAUGAAGCGCAGAGGCACAUUCCCAGACUACGUACCGAUGUUCGCCUUCCCGAAUGAUGUCAAUAUACUGUCGGCCGAUGAAAGACCGAGAUCAACGUGGCAUGGGUUUGCUAUGACCUCCAGCGAUAAUUCUCGGCUUUAUGGCAUCUGUUUGACGGUGUGGAUACCCCUGAAUGAGCGUGCGUCGGGACAAUUGGAGAGGGAAUGCGAAAAAUGGCGAAAAAACAACAUGACGGGAGAAGAGCGGGAGCUGGCAAGUAGUCUUGGGGAACGACUCGCCCUUGAGCGAGUCAAGCUGUCGAGACUGCUAGCUAGUCUUCCCUCCGCGCCGUCAGGCUCGGAUGAACGGGAGGCACUUGAAGAUGAAAUCAGCGCAGUCGAGGAGAAAAUUGCGUUGAUGGCUGAUUUGCUUCGACCGGUCCGGCAUGGUGCAGCUGCCAAGAUAGAAGGUCUCACAGACGGUGAAACCGGCCUUUGGAUACCUCGAGCCUACGGAAUCUUGGGAAGGGAUACCUCCUUGACAAGUUUUUGGAAAGAGUGGUUGAAGGCUGUCGUAGUCCCUAUGACUGAUGGUGCAAUCGUUCGGGUGCCUAUCAGCUCACCUACUGUAGGGACCUGGCAACCUCUUGAAAGAUAUGUUGUCAAUCUGUGUGCUGAAGCGCCUAGUCCGAUAUCGUCUAAAACGCAGGUCGAGGUGUAUAUCAGGGAAUUGAGAUUGUUUGCUAGAAAGGAGGCGCUGAAUGAACUACCAGGAUCUCGAAACUUUGCUUUAGCUGAAGCCCGCAUAAUACUCCUCUCUUCACAUACAUCAAUGCUACAUCUCGCUAGCAAGGCUCUUAUCGAAUUGAUGUGGCCACUGAAAUGGUCUGGCGUAUUCAUACCCGUUCUUCCUGCUCGCUUGAUCCAAGCUAUCGAGGCUCCGUGCCCAUAUAUCGUCGGAAUUGAGCGGCGAUACGAGAAGGUCGAGCUGCCCGAAGAUGACUUCGUGCUUGUGGACCUUGACCAAGACGAAAUUGAAUCAACAGUUCGACCGUUACCAAUGCCGAAGCAGCAAAGACGGAAACUGACCUCAAUCUUGCAAGCAGCGGCACCGCACCACAAUCGCUUCGGUGUCCCCAAAGGGCCACCAGCUUAUGCCAUAGAAGCCUUCCCUUUCAACACCUUCACUUCCGAAAACCCUCCAGUAUUCUCUGGCACACCUCAACCAACAUCGCUAGCUAGAUAUAUCGCGGCGAACUCUACCUCCUUCGGUGAUGAUAGCUCCAAUCUGCCUGCAAGAUAUUUAGUGUUCAAUGCUUUCUCACCGUCGAAAAUAACCGACUCUAGUUCUCAAGGUCGGUCAUCUACUGGCUCUACCAACACUACCGCUUCACCACCGUCCCCCAAGGCUUCACCUGUCUCGUCCACCUUUCCCGCUUUCCCUCCCUCACGCAGUGAAUCUGGUCAUGCAAUACAAGCUAGCCUUCGCGAAAAACGCUCUGGGCACUUUGAUUCAUCGUCUAGGCGAAGCUCAACACUGGCAUUUGACAGGAACCCUACGAGAAGACCGAGCAUACCCAGUCAUACUUCGAAUCUCUCCAUCAGCAAUACGAUCUCGAGCUAUGCAACCUCAAAUUAUGCGCCAUCUAUGUAUGCUCAAUCUACUCUCGCAGCAUCAACCAUCAUGCCGAAUGUUCUCAUGCAGCCAGUACGAAAUACUGAUUCGACCUGCUGGGCUGAAGGACAUUGCCUGCAAUGGCGUCGAUAUGACGAUAAAUCUACAUGUACCAUUUGCGACGAGAAGGCUGAAGACGGCAUUUACAAAUGCAGUGGCUGUAGCAUCUAUGCUCACACUAGGUGCGCUCAGCAGAUAUGUGUUGUCUGUCCUGCCGCAUUCCAUCCCGAGCAAGUCAGGGCGGCUUUCGCCAGAUGCUUUGCGGCAUUGUUUUACACAUAUCGCAAGAGCCUGCAGCCGGCGAACAAGGAGCAGAAAAAGAGUGGUCUUUUGUUUAGUUUCAACAUGGACGGUUUCAUACGCAGUCUGCCGCACGAGAACGCCGAUUAUGUGAAAGACGUCUUGAAAGAAACUCAAUGUUUCAAUGAAUUUAUCCACGAGGGUGAGACAAAACCAGCAAGCGAUCCAAGCAUAAUGCUAUUAGAUCAAAUGAUCCUUUCAAAAAGGAAUAGGGGCAGAGCUUCUAUGUUUUCCAAAUCGAGAGUCGAUUUUCUCUCGGAUACGUACGACCAUCUAUGGCGGUCUGCGGCAGCAACACCACCAAAAGGUCGGAUACCCGGAGAUUAUCGAGCGACGAUCACUCGCACGCCUGCAAAAUUGGACCCGACAUUGAUGAAAGAGCCGCGAGCAUUGCAAGGUGUACCUCGGAUCAACACCGUCAACGCUCGAAGCAGAAAGCCAAUCCCAAGCAUGUUGGGACCAGGCAACAGAAUGAAUGGACUCGCACAGAGCCCGCCAACAUGA